UAUAUAUAUAUAUAAUAAUCUAAGAUGUUCUGCUUCGGUUUGGAUCUGAAGUGGUUCAGUGUGGAGGAGCUGAGACAAAAUAAUGUGUUGGCUACUAAUAUAAUAAUAGAAAAUACUGAUUGUAUAACAGCGCAGUACGGCGAUAUAUAGUACUCAAAGAUUGAAACGCACCAUAAAACCAGGAAGAAGAAGAUGAUGAUGAUGAUGAUGAAGAUGAGGCGGGGCUCCUUUGUGUAUAACCGAAAGUAAACUGAACUCGAAAGUAAACUCGAGAGUGCAGUGAUCUAUAACGGAGAACUGAUCAUUAUGAAGAGUUAAAAUCCUUCUGUUCAGGUCUCAGAGUUGACGAUUGAAACGCGCCAUAAAACCAGGAAGUGGAAGAAGCAGAAGAAGAUGAGGCGGGGCUCCUUUGUGUUGAAACCGAAAGUAAACAGGAGAGUAAACGCGUAUUUUGAAGAGUUAAACUCCUUCUGUUCAGGUCUCAGAGUUGACGGUCUGAAGUUAUUAUGGGGAACAGAGAGAGUCAGAGAUCUUCAUCUCCAGAUCACAGCGGUGUGUCUCUGAAGAGUGACAGAUCCAUGGGUCAUCCUCCUAAAUUCAGUGUUGAUCCAGUGACCUCUGACCCCAGCAGGUCUGAAGUUAUUAUGGGGAACAGAGAGAGUCAGAGAUCUUCAUCUCCAGAUCACAGCGGUGUGUCUCUGAAGAGUGACAGAUCCAUGGGUCAUCCUCCUAAAUUCAGUGCUGAACCAGUGACCUCUGACCCCAGCCGUGUGUAUAGAGACGAUCAGAUACGAGCCCAGGAUCCUCCUCAAGCAGUGAAUGAUGAACUACAGAGAGUCAAAGAGCAGCACAAAACCAGCAUGAAGAACAAGUAUGAGAGAUUAUUUGAGGGACUGAAACUCCAGGAGAAUGAAAGCCUCCUGAACAGCAUCUACACACAGCUCUACAUCAUAGAGGGAGAGAGAGAAGGAGUGAAUGAAGAACAUGAGGUUUUACAGAUGGAGAAAACAGCCAGAACACAACACUCACAAGACACUCCAAUCUACUGCAAUGACAUCUUUAAAGCCUCCGCUGAAGCAGGAUGUGAGGAGAAAGAGCAGAUCAAGACUGUUCUUACUAAAGGCAUCGCUGGAAUCGGAAAAACCGUCUCUGUGCAGAAGUUCAUUCUGGACUGGGCCGAGGGAAAAGCUAAUCAGGAUGUAGAUUUCAUGUUUGUGCUUCCAUUUCGAGAGCUGAACUUGAUCCGAGAUCAUCAGUACAGUCUUCACAGACUUCUGCUGGACUUUCAUCCUGAACUUCAAGAUCUGGACUCACAGAUUUAUGAGGAGUGUAAAGUUGUGUUCAUCUUUGAUGGUCUGGAUGAAAGCAGAAUCACACUGAUGUUUUCAGAUGAUCAGAAAGUUUGUGAUGUGACUGAGACUUCAUCAGUGGCUGUGUUGAUGUCAAAGCUGAUGAAAGGAGAGCUGCUUCCCUCUGCUCUCAUCUGGAUCACCUCCAGACCAGCAGCAGCCAAUCAGAUCCCCUCCGAAUACAUCCACCGUCUGACAGAGAUUCAGGGAUUCACUGAGCCUCAGAAGGAGGAAUAUUUCAGGAAGAGAAUCAGUGAUGAGCAUCAAGCCAGCAGAAUCAUCUCACACAUCAGAAGAGCAAGAAGCCUCCACAUCAUGUGCCACAUCCCCGUCUUCUGCUGGAUCUCAUCCACUGUGCUUCAGAAGCUCCUGGAAGAAGAUCUGAGUGCAGAAAUCCCUCAAACUCUGACUGAAAUGUACAUCCACUUCCUGCUGAUUCAGAUCAACAUGAGGAAGCAGAAGUAUGAAGAGAGAGAUCCAGAGAAACUCCUGCCGUCCGACAGAGAAGUGAUUGUGAAACUUGCUGAAGUGGCUUUCAAACAGCUGAUGAAGGGCAAUGUGAUGUUCUAUGAGGAGGACCUGAUUGAGAGCAGCAUAGACGUCACUGACGCCUCGGUGUAUUCUGGGAUUUGCACUGAGAUCUUUAAGCAGGAAUCUGUGAUUCAUCAGAGGAAAGUCUACAGCUUCAUUCAUCUGAGCGUUCAGGAGUUUCUCGCUGCUUUCUAUCUGUUUUACUGCUGUUUAACAAAGAACAAGAAAACACUGGAUGAAUUCAGAUUUUCAUCUUCACCGCAUGAAUUCAGUCCUUACGGAUAUUACUCUGACUCUGAUGAAGACUCUCUGUAUGAUCUACUAACAUCAGCAGUAGAUAAAGCUCUCAAGAGUGAGAAUGGACGUCUGGAUCUGUUCCUGCGGUUCCUGCUGGGCGUCUCACUGGAGUCCAAUCAGAGACUCUUACAGGAUCUACUGACACACACAGAGAACAGCUCAGAGACCAUCAGCAGAACCACACAGUAUAUUAAAGAGAGGAUCACAGAUGAUCCUAAUCCUCUCUCAGCUGAUCAGUCGAUCAAUCUGUUCCUCUGUCUGCUGGAAGUGAAAGAUCAGACUCUGUUCAGAGAGAUUCAGGAGUUUGUGAAAUCAGACAAACACUCAGAGGAGAAACUCUCUGCUGCUCACUGCUCAACAAUCUCCUACAUGCUUCAGAUGUCAGAGGAGACACUGGAUGAACUGAACCUCAUGAAAUACAACACAUCAGCUGAGGGGAGAAGAAGACUGAUACCAGCUGUGAUCAACUGCAGAAAAGCUCUUCUUGCUGGCUGUAAUCUCACUGCUCAGUGUUGUGAGAGAUUGUCUUCAGCUCUACAAUCCUCAAACUGUGUCCUGAGAGAGCUGGAUCUGAGCAACAAUGACCUGCAGGACUCUGGUGUAAAGUUUAUUUCUGAUGGACUGAAGAGUCCAAACUGUCAGCUGCAGAUACUGAGGUUGUCUGGCUGUAUGGUGACAGAGGAAGGCUGUGGUUAUUUGUCUUCAGCUCUGAGUUCAAACCCCUCACACCUGAGAGAGCUGGAUCUGAGCUACAAUCACCCAGGAGAAUCAGGCGUCAAGCUGCUCAAACACAAACUGCAGGAUCCAAACUAUAAACUGCAGAUACUCAAUGUGGAUCAUGGAGGAGAGAAGAGGAUGAGAGCAGGACCACGAAAGUGGGCCUGUGAUCUCACACUGGAUCCAAACACAGCACACACUCGACUUGUUCUGUCUGAUGAGAACAAGAAGAUCACACGUGUGGAAGAGGAUCAGCCGUAUCCUGAUCAUCCAGAGAGAUUUGAUGAGUAUCCUCAGGUUCUGAGUGUUGAGAGUCUGACUGGACGCUGUUACUGGGAGACUGAAUGGAGCGGAAAUAAUACUGAAAUAUCAGUGACAUAUAAAGGAAUCAACAGGAAAGGAGGGAGAGACUGUUGGUUUGGAUGCAAUGACAAAUCCUGGAGUCUGAGCUACACUGAUAACAGAUUCUCUGUACAUCACAAUAAUAACCACACUGUUAUCUCUGCUGACCGUUCAUCCUCUAAGAGAGUAGGAGUGUAUGUGGACAUGUCAGCCGGCUCUCUGUCCUUCUACAGCGUCUCUGACACACACACACUCACACACUUACACACACUCACACACUUACACACACUCAACACCACAUUCACUGAACCCCUCUACGCUGGAUUUUGGGUUUAUCCUGAUUCCUCAGUGUCUCUGUGUGAUAUUAAAUGAUAGAGAGACUCUUUCUGAUGUUCACAUGCACACAAACUCAUCAAAUCUCAAUUUCAGCUUUGAAAUCACAGGAAUAAAUUACAUGUUAUAUUAAACUAGAAAACAUUUAUUUUAAACACUAAAAAUAUUUCACAAUAUACUGCAUAUAUAUUGAAGUGGUGGUGGACCUCAAGGACCAAAAAUGCCACGGCCGACAUAGUGCAGUUCUACUGGUGUGUGUGUGUGUGUGUAAGAGAGUGUGUGUGUGUGUGUGAGUGUGUCUAUGUGUGUGAGUGUGUGUGUGAGAGAGAGUGUGUGUCCGCUAUUUUAGCGAUUAUAAUUUUACCUACACUGUUAAAAAAAGUUCAGUUAAAAAACUGAAAAAGUUCUGGUAAUUAAUUACCAGCACUUUUUGCGUUAUUGUACGGGCACUUCCGUAAACCUUAAAACGGAUAUUUCCGUAGAUUUACCUGAGUUUUUCUGUACCAUUGACGGACACUUCCGUCAAACCUAAAAUGUAAUAUUCCGUAUUAUUAAAGUACUCAAUCCGUACCAUUGAUUUACAGACACUUCAGUCAUCCUAAAAUGUUUAAUUUCGUACAAAAUUAAAGUAAAAUAUGAGCAGGUACCUGUACAAUAUUGGUGUUGCACCAAAUAAUGGUCACAAAGAUAAACAUUUUCAAAUACAUGGGGUAAAAAUUAAUACAAAGACAGGGCUGUCAUUAUUAACAAUUGCUACAGACUAAUAGUCAAUAGUCAAGUGAAAUGACAUCAUUUUCCUAUAGAACACAUUAUUUAAAAGCACAACAUGUGAAUUCUGACAUCAGUUACUUUCCCUCAUACCGUUCCAAAUCCAUACGAUUUCCAUUCAUCUUUGAAACACAAAUCAAGAGUAUUUUUUAUGAAAUCUCUGCUUUCUGUCCCUCCAUUGACAGCCUAUGCAACUACCAUUUCAAGGUCUAAUACAGUAUAGCUGUCAGAUUUCAUUAAAAUGGAUCUUCAUUAGUGUUCCAAAAAUGAACAAAAGUCUAAUAGGAUUGGAAUGAGAUUUUUCAUACAAUAUUAUGGGUGAACUAAACCUAGUUAGAUUAACUUACCUUUUAUUCAUGCUAAAUUAUCUGCAUCUACAAUUGACAUAAAAAAAUAAAAUAAAAAGCUUGUACAGCAUUUGAAAAUAAAGAACAAAGAUUUAUGCACUCAUUCCUGACAUUUUAAUGUUAAACUAAGAGAACUAUACAAUAUAAAUUAAGAUCAGGGCUCCAAGUGUUUGUGUGCUUUUAGUAUCUUUAGCCAUGUGCCCGUUUGAGGAAACUUUUUUUUUUUUUUUUUUGCUGCAUGUUCAGUCCAAGUCCUAAAUUGAGAUUUGAAAAAAAAAAAAAAAAAAACUUGGCAUCUAGAAGUAGUUCAUACAGUCUUGGAAUCUUGGAAGCGUAGAUUCCCUUCAUCUGAACCUUUGACGCUCGCUCAGGAUUUCUUAACAGGAAGACUGUUAAUGACAAGAAAUGAAAAUGAGUAAUGUGCAGAACAGGUUGAGAUUGAAUUAUCAAGUUCCAUUUUAAGCAUUGUUUAUAAAAUGCUAAACUUGCAUUUCCAGUGGUCUCCAAUUGCAUCGGUCACGUGAUCUUGUCAAGAAUGUUUUAUGAAAUACUUAAAGAGAUCAUUAGUUCACAUAAAAAUUAAAACUGUCAUUAAUCACUCAUCUUCAUGUCGUUCUUAACCCGUAAGUCAUUCAGUUAUCUUCAGAACACAAAAUUAACGUAAAAUUACAUUUGAACUACUGAUGUCACAUGCGCCAUUUUCACGAUGUCCUUAUACUGUAUUUCUGUGCCUUGAUCGUGGUAGGGCACUUGCUGUCUAUGGAGGGUCAGAAAGCUCUCAGAUUCCAUCAAAAAUAUCUUAAUUUGUGUUCUGAAGAUGAAUGAAGGUCUUACAGAUUCGAAACAACAAGAGAGUGAGUAAUUAAUGACAGAAUUAUUGUUUUUGAGUGAACUAACCCUUAUUAUUUUCAACUAAAUGGCAACAUAACUAAAUGAUUUAUACACAGUUUCAUUACAUAUGUUCCUUACAUUUGAAUGAAUUCCAGCGUAGGUGCCAUUCUCCUCUGGAUUUUUUAUGUUUAAAAUAAAACAAAGAGAAUGUGUAGCUCGGCCACCGAUGUCGGGGGGGGGGGGGGGGGGGAUGGUAACUUGUGUGACAACAAUCUGGAAUCACCAAUAACAAUAAACAAAGAAAUUAUAAACAACACAUUGUAAAUUCAGAAAGCCACUCCAAACAUUGAUUUAAUCUUUCUGUUAACUGACUAAAGGACUCCAUGACUAAUUUCUUGUCAGUGUUGAACAUCCCUAAUGGUAAAUAAAUAUGGAACCAUAUGGAUAGCAAAAUUAAAUUUGAAAUGUGCAAAAUGGCAAUGCAAUACAUAAAAUGCCAAUGUAGUUUUGUACUUUAAUUAACAUUUUACCAUACAUGUGUCAAAUUUAGUGCAAAAUAAAAACUCAGUUAUAUAAUUUACAUUUGCCAUUUUCUACACUAGUUUUAAUAUGCAAAUUAAAAACAUUUUAACACUUUAUAAGUUGCAAAAUUACAGUGAAAAUGUAUUACCCAAAUUUAUUAGAAAUGUUUAAGACCAAUUGCAUUAUCGAUCUAUGCACCAGGUUCGGUUCAGUCUUGUCCACAUUCAGCUGAAUCCCUUCUUUCUCAAAGUAAUCUCUGAUAUAAGAUUCUUUUGUCUGCAUCGGUCACCACAUCUUUUGGAAACCCUGAACUCUCCUGUUUGAACUGUAAAAAUGUUUUAACAUAAUCACGGAACGGUGUAUCUGAUCGUUGGGGAAAAUGCCAGACCUCAUCCAGAUUUACUACAACAUAGCCCUUUUCAAUAGCUUUUAGCACUUCGAUGCUUACCCAGCAACCACUGAUGGCUCUUUCCUCAUCCGUGUGCAUACACAGUGGUGUCUGGUUCUGCUGUUCUGCACACAACCUGCAGAGUGGGAAAGUUCAUUUUUUGUUUGCGCGGUAGGGUAGUACUGGGUGAAGCAGCUUUCGAGGUGGUAGUACAGUAGCUUUAACAAGGCCAUAAUAAUUUUCAAGAUUAUCAAAAUCUUUGAAAAUUAUUUGGGGGUGUCCUAUCGGGAAGCACUUUGUGGCCUGACAAAAUGGAUAGAGACUUGUGAAAUCCACAUACCGUAUGACCUCGCCUUCUGUUGUCUUGUGAUACAACUUACUGUUGUCUCCGUAAAACUCUUUGGCCGGGUAUGGUCUGACAUACGAAUCAUUUUCAACACGGUUGAAGUGAUGUGGGAAAUAACCCUUCACAGAGUUGGUCAGAUUAAAAGCAGCAGGUGUGUUGGCUAGACGCAUGGGUAUAAAACUGUAACUAUCGAUGUCUGUUUGAAUGCCUCGUCAUACAUAUGGAUUAGACGACACCCUUACAUUGUAAUUUUAGGAGGUAUCCCCAUCUUAGUGAAGUAUUCCAAAAUAAUGAAAUGAUCAAAUCCGGAUGCAUUAUGUGCAAUCCAUGUGUAAUUAUUAUAACGAGGCUGUCUGAAUUUCUUAAUGAGAUGAUCUACACAAUCAGAACCUUCGGCCAACAAUUCUUCUCCCUCAAACGUGAUCGCUUAUACAAAAAUUGCAAAAUGCCUGUUAUUUUCAUAACGAGUUUCGAAAUAAAAAAAAAGUACAGAUUAUUUGGCUCCUUCACCUUAACCGGUUGAAUAAAACACUGAUGCACACCGUUGGUACCAAACCCUCACUACAGUGAACACAACAAUCUGCAGGACAUUUGUGUGGCUUGGGGUUGAUGGCGCUGACAUGGUAACGUCUAUUACAUUACAUACCUCAAACAGUCACCGCAGUGUUUUGUUUUUUUGGGGUAAAGAUGACAUUCAGAAGCGUUGCAAACAUCACUGGUGUAUCGGCAUCUGUGAUCUUGCCGUGCAGUAAACCCUUGAUAACAAUACUCACACACGUAUGGUGUGCCAAUGAACCCCUUCAGAUUUUUAAUCAUAAAAUAAUGAUUGUCGUGGAAGUACAAAAACACUGUUUUAGGAUGUGGUACAUCUGUGUUUGCAUAUUUCUCCAGCAUUCCUGUAUUCGUUCUAUAGAAGACCACUAUUUUAAUAUUCAACAUACGUUCAAACUGAACAAUAUCCUUAAGUGAUAUCAUAUGUUGAUCAGUGUAUCCUACAGACUCCUGCAAUGCUGACGCUAUGGACUCUAACUCUGUGUGUGGUUUCUGAGGAAAGUGUGCUAAGCAGAUUGCAAAACAAAGAUUGUUUUCCCCUGCAAUGUUUGAGGCGACGAACAAAUUAAGUCUGUUCUUACCAAUCACUUGAUCGUGGGCUAGAUCCCUUAAUUUUCGUUGAGCGCCUCCUUGUUUACUUCUUGCUAUAGACACUUUUAAAUUUAAACACUCAUCAAACUGUAUAUCCGUGUUGCUUUGCAUGAUUUUUUCAAGAUCACUGAUGAAGAGAUCGACACUGUAAUCAUUGCUAGCUGACAAGAGUGUAUUAACAUCAGAUGUCAAGCUAGGACCGCUCAAAGUGAUGUUAAUUAAACUACCAUCCCCACCUAAUAAUCUGGAAAACGUGUCAUGUAAAAACACAGUCUAGUCUGAUAGACCUGUAGAAGAUAUUUCCCUUAGAUUUAUAAGCCUGUGGAUUUCUAAACCAUUGAAUGGCCCUUGUGGUACUACUGUGUAUCCAGCCACAUCACCACCCUCUCUUACAAGUGUUUCUAUUUCAGCUUGUGUGAGACCCAUGCAGGGGUCUGUUAGGUCAAGCGUGUGGUGUGGCCGGGUACCUGCUCCCUCACCUAGCUGUUGAGAAUUUAAAAACUGUUCAAAAUCAAAAACCGGUUCUGGAGGAGGCUCUGCCCCUGAUUGUUCCACGUUUAUUAAUUUUAACAAUUUAGAUGGCUUGUGUUUUUUCAUCUCAUCAACAGUCUGUAUGAGCCUGAGUAGCUUUUCUGUAGUGUUUUGUUGAUUUUGGAAAUUAUCAUCCCUAUUGCACCUUAACGGAGGAUCUUGUUCACCAUCACAUGACUCCCGACAACGUUUUGCAGCCAUUUCUAACUCUAAUUUAUUUUUUAAAUAUUCACAAAAUACACUCCACACAACUAAACGUAGAAGAAGGAAAAAUCUAAUCAUAAAACCACAUCUAUGCACACUUGUGACAAAAACAAUACACACUUAGGAAAAAAAAAACUGGGUAAAGAAAAUAGGACUCACCAAUACAGUUAUUUAAAAAUCCCCAGCAGUUCGGUUAACAAAAUAGAGAGGAGAGCCAGGAACAUGUCCCACUGUGCCUCCUCGUUCCAAUGGCACUCUGCCGCCAGGGUCCUGAAUUCAAUCGAGAAGUCUGAGACGGAUCUCUCCUGCUGGAGAGAUAUUUUAUAUCCGUGCUGUACAUCUGCAAAGCGUUAGAACUCAUUAGCUUGUCAUUAGCGUUUUCAUUCGAACCUAUCGCUGUUUUCUUUCUCCUCUCCUCUCUCCGCUGAGAGACUCGUGCUCGCUGGACGGGCAGUGGAAACGAAUAAAUAUUUACUGCGUCCGCUGAGAGACUCGUGCUCGCUGGACGGGCAGUGGAAAUGAAUAAAUAUUUACUGCGUCUGCUGGGAGACUCGAGCUCGCUGGACAUGCGGGGGAAAUAGAGCAGAUAUAUGUUUUUUUUUUUUUUUUUUCGUGGUUUACUCGAUGAGGGUUUGGUGGGCUUUUUUGAUGUGGAAACGGUUGGUUCUUAUGUAGCUUUGGAAGGCAUCUGAGGACCACCUUCCUAGAGCUUGGAUCUGCUGCUGGGAGAGACCUUUUUGAGCUGCUGAGGUUGCUGCCCCAAUGCGGAAGGAGUGGCUUGAGAAGUUUUUUGCUGGGAUUCCUGAGUGUUGGAGGACGGAUUUCAGAUGUUUCUGAAACCAGAAGCGGGUGACUGGUUUGUUGGAUUUGUCUAUGAAUAGGGGAUCGAGAUGGGAUUUAGCUUGGGAAGUUCUCCACUGGAGGUAUGCCAGAACGGAUUGGAAUGGUUGGAUGGGUGAUGAGAGUUUGAAAAUGUAAAUGAAAUGGCCUUUUUUGGUUUGAUCUGUCUUACUUUGUUUAAUCAAAUAUGAUAUGGUUUCGUUGUCUAUGACUGAUAAGUCUGAGAUGGUGGGGUGGGUUUUGGGAUCGAAUUUGGAGGUGAUGGCGAGUUCCGAGCAUCUAAGGAAACCGAAAAAGGCUCAAAUGAACAUGGCAUCUAAUGUGCGGGCGAUAUGGAGAGACAGGUAGCCGGUGCGGAGGGUGUAAAUGCAUUGGGUGAGGAUAUCUGAUGUUAUGGGUUGUCUGGUGUCGGGACGGUUUGGCUGGGAUCGUUGAAUUCCUUUGAUUAAGAGGGAGGUUUGUGAAUUAUUUAUCUCAGGUGAGGGGGUGCCGUAUAUCAGUUUGUGGAAAAAUUGAAUGCCACUCAGAUACCCUUUGAUAGAGCCGACUUGCAGGCUCUUGAUGCUGUUAAGGUAGGAUAUGAAUGAAGUGAUUGUGAGGAGAGAAAAGUCUGGGAAUGGUAUAUUAUAGGAUACGUGGAAUGUUUUAAAACAUCUCCACGCGGUCACGUAGGUUUGGAGGGUUCUGGGGGAAACUGCUUGGAGGAUUGUGUCGAGUGAUGUGUCGAGGAGGGGUUUUAGCGGAUGUGUUACGGGAAUAUCAGUUCUGAAUAUGGAGGAACGGGCGUUGGGAAAUUGUCCGCCCCUGGAGCCAGCGUCCUGAAUUUCUGAAACAGAAAGCGAGAGAGAGAGUCAGCGAUUUGAUUUUCUGAGCCCGGAACGUGUUUGGCGACUAAGAUGAAUUGGUCGCACGCUGAGAUCCAGGUGAGGCGUCUUAAAAGAGGCAUUAUAGCCUGUGAAUGAAAGCGGCCUUUAUUAAUGCAAUGCACUGUUGCAUCAUUGUCGCAAUGCACCAGAAUGCUGCUAGUGGUCCAUUCUUUUCCCCACAGAAAGGCUGCUACUACUAUGGGGUAGAUCUCAAAUAAUGCGGAGGACAGAGGUAUGUCCUGUAAUUGUGGUGGCCAAGGAGACGCGAACCAGCGACCUUGGUAAAAUCCUCCGAAACCAACCGAGGGGGCGGCGUCUGUGAACAAUCGGAUAUCGACUGGGGACGAAACGAGGUGGCGGUAGAAAAGAGAUAGGCCGUUCCAUUGGUUUAGGAAUGUUAACCAUAACUUGAGUUCGUCGCGACAUGCUUGGGUUAUAGAAAUGCGGUCCUUUAGGGCGGGGAUGGAGGACGCGAGCGAGAGGAGGUGCGAAAUGAAUGGGCGGCCUUGCGGAAUAAUGCGCAUAGCGAAAUUUAGGUGGCCCAGCAGGGAUAGUAGUUCACGUUUAGAACAAUUUGGGUUGUCGAUGAGGGUAGAUGAGACUAAGAUGAUUCGGUCGAUUUUCUCUUUGGGCAGGGAUGCUUGGAAUUUGUCUGAAUCCAAUUUAAUCCCGAGGAACUCGAUGGAUUUGGCCGGACCCAUCGUUUUCUCUUGAGCAAUAGGAAUUCCGAGUUCGGAAAAGACUUUUUGGGCCGUAAGGAAAUGUGCGGCUGGUAUGGCUUCAGGGGGCGAAAUUAUUAAAAAAUCGUCUAGCAGGUGAAUGAGGUGGGGAAUGGCGUAAUUAUUCGACAAGAUCCAGCAAACUGCUUCUGAUAGCAUGUAGAAAAUUUUUGGGCUGCUUUUGCAUCCGAAGGUUAGGCGAACGGCGAAGUAGUAUUUCCCACUCCAGCGCACUCCAAAAAGAUGCCAUGAAUCUGGAUGGAUAGGCAUAAUUUUGAAGACUGAAGUAAUGUCGAUUUUUGCGAGCCAAGCACCCCGACCUGCGAUUUUAACCAUGUCGAUUGCUUGAUCUAUGUCUUGGUAUUUAAGCGAAAAUUCAUCGAGAGGAAUUAAGCUGUUAAUGCUUGGAAACGGGGAAUUAUGCGGGGCUGAUAAGUCGAUUGAGACGUUUUUUACUCGAAAAUUUCCUUGUAGCCACUCCGAUGAGGCUGAUACGAAACGUGUUGAAUGGGGGAGUGUCGAAAGGGCCGAUCAUGAAACCAGAUUCGACUUCUUUUUUAAUCAGAUUGUCGACGACUUCAGGUUCUGUUAGGGCGGACUGGAGAUUAUUACAGAUAGUGUUCUGUGAGAGCGGGCAUUCUGCGCCGGGUUUAACGCCGUUUUCGAGGCCUGUCAGCAGGUAUUUGGUAAAUUCGGGGUCCGGAUGAUGAGCUAGUUCAGCGUGCAUGCGUGAAAUAUUUACAGGAGUCGAUAGGUAAUUUUUUGAAUUUUUAUUAGCAGAUUUGUACACUGGGCACACGAAGCGGGCAUGAGCGCCGCCGCAGAAACUACAAACAUGAAGGUACCGGCAGCGCGAUUUGAUGCAUUUACCAGCGUUAAACUGGUUGCAGGGCUGCCUGCUUCCUUCAAAGGAGGGGUUUUUACAUUUUUGAUUUGCUAAGGCUGUUGCAGGACGUGGCACAUAGCUGGUGGAACUCACUGGGCUGGUUCCUGAGUAGGGUGGAACAGAAGGAUUAACUUGGGGGCACAACAUGGUUGAGUGUGCCACUGACCUGCAGACUGCACAGGAAAUGUUUUUACAGCCCAGAAAUACCCUGCUGUGGAGAUCCUGGUCGAGAGCCCCCCAGUAUGUGCACUGGUUCCACUGGGCGACUCGUACUGCACUUUUAGCUGAAAAGAGUUUGUGAUAGGUGUAGAAAUGCCCGCCCCCAUAGGACAGCGCGAGCUCUGCUAUUAUAGCCAGAUAAUCAUUCAGUUCACGCCGCCUGUGGGGGAAAGCUGAACAGAUAAUUUCUGUGUAUCUAGCGAAAGCGAUGGUGAAUUCAGGAAAUGACAGUAGGCGGGAUGAGUGGGUGGUUGGAUUUUUUAAAGUGACUGAGAAGUCCCGCAGUCUAUUUGCCUGUCUGAUUGGGCUGCGGGGAGCAGAGAGAGUAGGGAUGAAAGAUCUACGUCCAUACCUGCGAGGAUCUGUGCCCGGAUGUUUUGUGACACGGGAGGUGGCUCCAUUGCGACGGCAUUGGACGGAAUGGGCAUCUGUAUUGCUGUGGAAAGAGAGUAUUGAUUUUUAGUUUGGAGCGAAUAGCUGGGGAGGGUAUGCACCGGGUCUGUAACUGUCAUCGGAGGCCUCGCGCUUUGAUGACCUGUUGAAGUUUGAAGAGAAAAGUUAUUAGGAUGAUGUGGAGGAAAGGGAGGGUGAUAGGAAGGGUGAUAGGAAGGAUUAUAUGCAUGAGCUGCCGGCGGGGGCGGGCCCGCGCUUGUCUGAGCUACAGGAGCUGCAGGCCACUGGAAGUGGGCGGGGGUAUGACCUGGUGGGUGGGAUUGUUGAUAUGGUUGGGCCUGUCAUGCUAGCGUCUGCGAGAGGAGCUGGAGGCCACUGAAAGGGAAAAGGGUUAUAAACAGCGGGAGUGCCUGAGCGAGUAGCUGUGGGGGGGCUGCUGGGCCCGGCGGCAUACUGCGCUGCUGCGGCGUAAGUGGUGGUGGAGGGCUGGGCCUCCUCAGGAAGUGAACCUGCCCUGGUGGACUGAGGGGGGCGGCCCAGGCUCGCUGAAGGCUUGUUCCUCCGGGUCAAUUGAUGGAGCGAGCCGGAUCUUGUGCGGGUGACCCGACGGUGGUGACUGGACCGGUGAGUUUCGGGCAGUGCGGGAUUUGCUUGGUCUGUGGGUCGUCUUAGGCGUUGCUUGUAACGAGACAUACAGAUCGUACAGCUCCGCUUUGAGCAUUUUCCUUGAAGCCUGUAUAUCUGCAUUCUCCAGCGCUUUCCUUAGUCCAGCUACGGUCCAUUUCCCGAUAGGUGGGAUCGUCGGGGUGGCCGAGCGGUAGGAGGAUGCUGGAGAAGAUGGCAGUCUUGCCGGGGGUGGUGAAGGCUGGCCUCGCCGUCUUGGUGAGCGCAGGUCUGAUCGGGCCGGUGUGCGGCCGCGAGGAGAAGCCUGGGGCUCAGGUGCGACGUCCGGCGUAGGAAUAAUGGUCGUGUGGCCGUCGGAAUGCGAAGGUGCAUCCCUGGCGAUAUUCACUUAUUCGUCAGAUGAAGAGCUUGGUUUUCUCGACAUGGUUUGCAGAGAGGAGAGCUGAAGAGCUGUUGACUGCUGAAAACUGUCAAUGAACAGAGUUUUUAAAGAUGACUCCAGACUGUCCUGUGCAGGCCGUAACAUUAACCUGACUCUUAAAUCCACAUUUGAGCACAGCCCAGUCAUCAACCUGUUUCAGGACGUGAAGACCCUGGUUACACACUUCAAACCAGCAGGCUGACCAAUCCACUGAUGAGAAACACUCUCCGAAACAGACCAGUCAACAUCAUUCAGGGAGGAUUUGGGCUUUUGACCUUUGCCCUCCUCCCCUUCAAGGAGCCUGGUCUCUGUGCCGCCAAUCAAUUCUAUAGACGGAGCAAAAAAAUACAAAAUAACUAUGUAACCAGAACAAAUUAAUUAACAAUAAAUCCAAAGUAUGUACAGAAUAUUUGUAGAAGAACUGAAUGCUGUCCUGUCAGGAAAUCUUCUCUGAAAGCGUCAGUGUCUACUUCAGCGUCUCCUGAGAAAGAAAUCUUUAAAGUGUUGACUGGGAGCCUCCAAAGAAACAGACUUCGUUCACAAAAUUAAUUCUGGACACACAAAUGCAGAAGUGUUCGGAGUCGACUUGUGUCUCGAGCCAGAGCAGGACGUCCUCCUCACUGUAAACUGUUUUUAUAUUCAGACAGCAUUAUAAUAAAACAAGUUAUAUUAUACAAGUACAUUAUUAGGUAUCAAUGUUCAUGUUACUGUUUUAUGACAGUGACAUUUCCUUAUUUUGUGGAUCAUUGUAUCAGGGCUCCUUGAUUGAAGGGACACUGGACGAGGAAGAAAAUGUGUUUGUGAGAAUAUAACACUGUUUAUGAGAAGUAAACACAUUUCAUUCAGUGCUUUAAUGUAUAGCUAAAGUGUCAUUUGUCAUAUAAACCUAGUAUUGAGAUCCAAUGUUGUGACUCAUGAUGGAACUAGAAAUGUCCAAAUCUCCAUCCCAUCAUGCAGCACAGAAUGACACGGCUGUUUCUACACUGAUGUGUGUGUCCUGCAUUACCUUUCCAAGUCUCCACAGUCACUCGCAUCACCUCCAGCUCCAUCACACCAACAGUUUUCAUGAUUCAGCCCGCCUGAAUAACAAAUAUUACAAAUAUGUGCUAAAGUUGUACAUAUCAUUGUCAUCUUUUAACACAGUGCUUUCUGGAAAACAUUUCAAUAAACUCACACGCACAAAAUAAAGUGUUAAAACUAAAAUAUAUAAAUGAACUGAUAAUCAUAGUGAUGCACUGAUGUAAGAUAUUCUGGGAUUUGUCUGAUAAUGGAGGUUAAAAAAGCUUCUUUACAUGAGAUCUAAACCUGACUUCUGAGAGUCAAAAGCAGAAGAAGAUAUCCUGAAGAAGGUCUGUUUUGUUCUUGUUCAUAUAAUGAAAGUGUUUGGGGAGUGAAGGGAUUUUUAACAAAACUGACUUUCAUUGGAUGGACAUAAACAGCUCAGACAUUCUUCAAAAUAAAUUGAGCCGUUCACAUAUAAAUGUGUGUAAAUGAUAACAAUUUUACAUGAACUGCCCUUAAGACCUGUUAGAAAACACAUCAGCAUUCUUUAAAAUCUUUCAUUACUUGUCUGCUCACUGUGUUAAUUAACUCUGAAUUAUGUUUAACUGCUAAAAACAUGAAUAUUGACUAUAGCAACCUGUUUAAAUGUACAUUCAUAACUGGAAUGACAUGUGCAUAUUUACACUAAACUAGUUGUCUUAUGUGAUUCUCCGAAUCGAGUUACUUUUAUUACACUGAAUUUGUGUCAAAACCACACCAGAGGACUUAUAGAGAAGCAUCCUCGCAUCUGUAAAUAAGAUGGAAACCUAAAAUACAAAUUACAAAAAAAACAUCACCAAUAAAGUUACUCUCUAAUAUUUGCCAGAGAGAGUGAAGCACAAAAAUCCCUUUAUACAUGUAUUAACAAUUAAUACGAAAUGAAAGUUUCAACAAAACAAAUUAAAAUAUUAACUGUUUUAAAAGUUUGUCUGGACCAACAUUGCUGCCGUGUUGGAGGUGAUGUAUUUCUGCUUUUGGGUGGAUCUCUCUCGGCCUCUCGUUCCACCAGCAGGAGAAGUCUCUUGAUAUGUUUGAGUCUCCGGGUCUGUGUAUGAUGCCAGCUGCUGAAGAACAGCUCUAUUUACACUGGAGGCCUGUAUCCACCUGCAGGAAAACAGAUGCUGGGAGAUGGUGUGUGUCCUUGUGUGAGUGUUCAUCUGCUCAUCACAGCAGACAGAGAGUCUGAACACAAUCCUGCACAGCUUUGAUUGAACAGCAGUGAUGCUCACACACAGAACAUUGUUGAGAGAGCCUUCAGAUGAUGAAGAGCAGCUGUGCUCCAUCUUCUUCUUCUUCAAGCUCCUGGAAGUGAGUCCUGUCUUUGUGCAGAUGUUGCUCUUCUGAAUGAGGACAUUGUUGAUCCAGAAGUUGUGGAAGAUGAUGAGGAUGAUCCACUAGAAACACAGAAGUCAGCACAGGAGAGAUGUGUCACAGCAGACAACAGUGUGCAGCUCUUCAAGAGCAGGAUUAUAUGUAGACAACUGAACCGCUUUAGACUCAGAUCACUUCAUCUUCUCCUAGUGCUAUUGUUUCAGCUUCUGGAAGACUGACACAUCAACAUACACAUAUAUCAGUGAACAACUGACAGAAGAGCUACUGGAAAUACCUGCACAUUAAUAUGAGAAGAAAUGAGUGAAGAUCCUAACAUGAAUAGAUGUGAAGAGUGUGUGUAGUUCAGAUGAAUGUUCAUUUCUAUUCUUCUGUGAAUGCAGCAUGAUGGUUUGAGUGAAGAAGUCUUCAUCAGUGGAUGAGAACAAGUGUGUGUUCAUCAGUCUCUGUGACAUCAGAACACCAUUCACACAUUACUGAGGAUUUAUGAUCAAACUGAGACACUUAUUAACAACAGUUUGACAUCAGAGUUAUCCAACAAGCUUUUAGCAAGAUAUCUACACUAGUAACAUCUGAAGAAGAUAUUGUGUUGUAAAAAGCAGGAUCUAAUAGUAUAGUUGUCAGGCUUUAAAGCUGACAGAGGUAUGUUGAGGUUAGAGACAGACAGAAAGUGUGGAUGUAGAAACACUGCUUGUGAACAGCACAUGCACACCUGAGGAACGACCCUAUAGUAAGAGCCUUCAACUCUUUUAAUGGAAGAGCAAUUCUGGAUCUUCAGAGAAAGUCUGGAAACCCUAAUAAAGUCCCAUCAUUAUUCAAUCACUGACUCACUGAGAACAACCCAUUACUAAACCAACGCUGACUAAAUAAAGACUUAUUUCUACACUAAUAUUGGCAUUAUUCCAGAUCAGAAAACUGUGUUUCUGUGUAAGACUCCAGGAGCAAGAACUUGUUGGUCAAAUUUAGAAAGUUUGAUUGGAAGUUUUUCAGUUUUAUAAUUACACAUCAAGAGAAAUUAUAAGACGCCCAAUUUAGAGAAAAUAAACCCAGGAAUUAUAUUCAGACAGAUGAAGAAUUGUGAAGAUAUUGUCUUAACCAAUUUAUUUUAAAGUUACUGUUUAGAGCUAAACUCAACUCAGUUUAGAGCGUCUUGGUGGUAUGAGUUUAGAAAGACUGAUGUUUUAAUAUAAUGAAUGUUAUUUCUCCACAGAAUGUAGUUUCCAGGUGUGUUUGUGAACAGAGAUGGACUGAGCAGACGAUAAUCGAGAGAUAUCUUCAGCUUUAGUGAACACAACUCUGUCUUUGAGUCAGAAAUCUCUCUGAAACCAAUGAUUCAACACCUUGAGUGUCUUUCAAUAAUCUGAAGAAACAUAUAUGAGAGACAGCAUGAAUCCUAUUGUUAACUAUACUUACAUUUAUAACCAGUAUUAGAUCGCAUUGCACAUGUUCAUAUUGAUAAGAGACACAAAGGAUGGCACUGAGACAUUGCUCUUCUCUGAAUGAGUGUGACCCGCUCCGAACGGCUUUAAUAUGACACAUCUGGCUCAGAAACUGAAAGGAUUGUGUUUGUCUGAAGGAGUUAACGCAGGUUUCACAGAUGGUGUGCUGCUGAGGAGCAAGACAGAGCUUGUUUUUCUCCUCACCGAACCUCCUUGCUUUCUCCAUUUGUGUUCAGAUGUCUUCUUUUAGGGUCACUGGUUCAGCUGAGGAUGGUCAGUAACUUACAGACCUGAUGUGCUCACACUGAGAAGAUACGAUCACACUCCUCUGUGCAGCGUUCAUGUUUACUUGGCAUUGGUUUGAUUCACACUUCAUGUUUUCUGCUCUCUCCAUGUAUUGAACUGAAUAUGAAGAGCAAUACUGUGACACUUCAACAUUUAGCACAGCAUAUAUUCCCCUUGUUCUGUCCAUACACUGCUUGCUAGAUGAGAUCUGACAUUAAUGUCCUGACUCGGUGUGUGUGUGUGUGUGUGUGUGUGUGUGUGUGCGCUCGAUGUGUUUCUUUACACAGUUUCAGAGGACUUGAAUUGUGCCGAGUGUAACUCCAAACCAACAUAAACAGAGCUCUGCGCUGCGUUUGCUGAAAGGGUUAAUAGGAUGUGUGAGACUCACAUGAAUUGUGUUCUGUUCUCAGUAAUCCUCGCUUGGUUUAAACAUUUAUUAUAUUUACGAAUACUAAACUUUACCAGCAACAGUAAUAAAUUAAUCAAAUAGUAUUCCUUAUGAAAUGACAUGUUAUAAGUGAAAAAACUAAUAAAACAUCUUCAAAACAAA